AUACGCCGAGCGUUCAACAUCCGAGGACUUUGGCCCAGAGUAACCCUGCUGGCGUGACCUUUCCCCUCUAUCCCGCACCUCCCGCUGCCGCCCCGCGAGAGGGCGGCCGUUGGUGCGCUCGGCUCUCCUUCUGGAGCCCCAGUUCCGCACCCCCCUUCCCCCCCGUCCUUCGCGCUGCACUUCGUCAUGGCGGCCCUCAGCAAGUCCAUCCCUCAUAACUGCUACGAGAUUGGCCACACUUGGCACCCUUCCUGCCGGGUCUCUUUCCUGCAGAUCACCGGGGGCGCCCUGGAGGAGUCCCUGAAGAUCUAUGCCCCUCUGUACUUGAUUGCAGCAAUUCUUCGGAAACGAAAAUUAGACUAUUAUUUACAUAAACUGCUUCCUGAGAUCCUACAGUCUGCUUCCUUUCUGACAGCUAAUGGGGCCUUGUAUAUAGCUUUCUUUUGCACUUUAAGGAAAAUACUUGGAAAAUUUUACUCAUGGACUCCUGGCUUCGGUGCCGCUUUGCCAGCGUCUUAUAUGGCCAUUCUAAUCGAAAGGAAAAGCAGGAGAGGACUGCUCACAAUUUAUAUGGCCAACUUGGCUACAGAAACACUAUUUAGAAUGGGUGUGGCAAGAGGAACCAUCACUUCAUUAAGAAAUGGAGAAGUUCUUUUGUUCUGCAUCACAGCUGCCAUGUACAUGUUCUUUUUCAGGUGCAAAGAUGGCUUGAAAGGAUUUGCAUUUUCUGCACUUAGGUUCAUUGUAGGGAAGGAAGAAAUUCCCACACAUUCUUACUCACCAGAGGCAGCAUAUAUAAAAGUUGAACAAAAGAAAGAGAAGCUUGAAGACAAACCAAGAAAAAUGAAUAUAAUUGCUUUAGUCAGGAAACUUGUGGAUUCAAUAUGCAAAAAUGGACCAAGGCAUAGAUGUUGCAAACACUAUGAAGAUAACUGCAUCUCUUACUGCAUUAAAGGUUUUAUCAGAAUGUUUAGCGUGGGAUACUUGAUCCAGUGCUGCCUCCGGAUCCCCUCUGCAUUUCGGCAUCUGUUUACACAACCAUCCAGGCUACUGUCUCUUUUCUACAAUAAAGAAAACUUCCAACUGGGAGCUUUUCUUGGCUCUUUUGUUAGUAUAUACAAGGGUACUAGUUGCUUCUUGCGUUGGGUCAGAAACCUGGAUGAUGAGCUCCAUGCUAUCAUAGCUGGAUUUUUGGCAGGCGUAUCAAUGAUGUUCUAUAAGAGCACAACAAUUUCCAUGUAUUUAGCUUCAAAAUUGGUGGAGACCAUGUAUUUCAAAGGCAUUGAAGCAGGGAAGGUUCCCUAUUUUCCUCAUGCAGAUACUAUCAUCUAUUCCAUCUCUACAGCAAUUUGCUUCCAGGCAGCCGUCAUGGAAGUGCAGACUUUGCGACCAUCUUACUGGAAAUUUCUUUUAAGGCUCACCAAGGGCAAAUUUGCUGUCAUGAACCGGAAAGUCCUUGACGUUUUUGGUACUAGUGCAUCUAAAUACUUUCAGGAUUUCACUCCCAGGCUGGAUCCAAGAUACACAACUGUGCCACCAGAGUUGCCUGUGGAGUUUUCUUGAAGAUGGCUGUAACUUAUUCAUGUGACUAAAUGUUUCAUCAUUUUAUCCUGAAGAGUGAAUUAUGUUGAACACAAAGAAGGGGGCCCAAGCUCAGACUUCAGUGUUAUUUCAAUGAGAGAUGUACUUUGUUUUUCUUACCAAUCAGAGACACAGAAGCUUUUUAGGCUGGUGUUGCUUAAUAAUUAAGCUUCCUCCGUAGCCAGAAUCUGAUUCUGGGUCAUUGUUGUAGUUGACAUUAUGAUAUAUUAUCGAUUAAAUUAUGUCCAAAAGCAAUAUUAAAUCUAUAUAGAAGUGUAAUAAUGAAUAAGAGGACAGUUAAAAUUACAUUAAAAGAUGUCUUUAGUUCAUUCCAAUAGUAUUCUUGGUUGAAACUAAGAAUAUUUCUGCAUUUUAGAAUUUACAAAGGAUCACGGGUACAUGAUUGAUCUGUAUUAUUUUUAACUUUUAGAGUGGUAUCUGUAGUUCUAGAAUGGUAUAGAUUUAAAGUAACUCUCUACAUAUAAUGCUGCUCUAGUAUGGAGCAACUCAGUUGGAGAGAGGUGGCCAUUCUUCAGGGAUGAUAAAAUGGGUCUCAAAGCACUGGGAUAAGAGUGGUAUCCAUGGUCUUUUUCAGCUGAUAACAUCAUCUCUCCACUGCAGCAUUUGGGCUGUUGGGCAGCCCGGGGAACCUGUGUACUUCAGACAGGUUAAGAACAAAUGGAAAUUGAUACAUCUGAUAGAGUUGAAACAGAUGUUUUAAUCCUUUGUAAUAGCAUUGCACUUGAAUAUUUAAAAACAAUGCUUUUAAAUCUGUAGGUUCUCCUUUAGUAGGGCCGAAUUCUUCAUAGCUCAGUUUGUCUGACCUUACAAAAGGGAUCAAAACCUAUGGGACAAAAAUGUGUUGGUGAGUCGGUGUGUUGAGCUCUCUCGGCUGUUUCACCUGCAUGGUGGAUAUUUUAUAGCUGAAAAUAAUAUAAAAAUCCAACUGUUGUUAAAAAGUCCAUCUUAUCACUAUUUGGAUUCAGGUUCUCUGGCUUGCUUUAAGAAAAUCAUCGUCACCCUUUCAUUCUGGAAUGAAGAAGUGACAAAACAUACUCGUUGAAUAUGAAAGUUC